UAUGGCACAGAUACAAAGAUGAGUCCUCUAUCAAUCUCUAUGGCUAAAACAGUCACCAGUAUAGUUGCAUUCGUUUAAAAUUGCUUUUUAUAAUAAAUAAUCUACUAUUGUGAACUGAGUGAUGAGACUCGAAAAUAUUUGACAGUACUGUAAAAAGCUCGAGACUUCUUGGGUCACAUGAGUGGAAACAGAGGCUAGCCCGCCAACGCAGCCAUCAGUGUUGAGCGAGCGAGAGCCAGCUAGUUAACGUUAGCGAACUCCUAUCGAAGCCAAACAAUUGACAGCUUGAAAAAAAGCUUUUAACUAUCACAGUCCUUGGAUGUGUUCUUCAAAACUUGCCAACGCUGUUUGAAUGUUGACUAUGCUUCACAUUAUAAUGACCGACGCGAAACAGACACACGUGACUAAGAACCCGGCCAUUGUCUGUAGCACAUGAUCCGGGCCAGCUGAGACCGAGGGAGGCUUCAAUAAUUCACGGGUUUCAGAAUAUCUACACUGAGCAGUAAAGGUCCUAUUCUCCAGACGAAGAGUCCACGUGUCGUUUAAGAGCCAUGACCGCCAAGUCAUCCCUGCUGAAAGUCAUCCUGCUGGGAGACGGAGGAGUGGGGAAGAGCUCCCUCAUGAACCGCUACGUCACCAACAAGUUUGACACGCACCUCUUCCACACCAUCGGCGUGGAGUUCCUCAACAAGGACCUGGAAGUGGACAGCCGUCUGGUCACCAUGCAGAUCUGGGACACUGCUGGACAGGAGCGUUUCCGCAGCCUCAGGACUCCCUUCUACCGCGGCUCCGACUGCUGCCUGCUCACCUUCAGCGUGGAUGACAACCAGAGCUUCCACAACCUGGCCAACUGGAAAAAGGAGUUCAUCUACUACGCCGACGUCAAGGAGCCCGAGAAGUUCCCCUUCGUGGUGCUGGGGAACAAGGUGGAUGUGACGGAGAGACAGGUGUCUGCUGAGGAUGCUCAACAGUGGUGUCGAGAUAAUGGCAAUCACCCUUACUAUGAGACCAGUGCCAAGGAUUCCACCAACGUAGCUAUAGCCUUUGAGGAGGCGGUGCGGAAUGUGCUAGCCAUGGAGGAGAGGGCAGACCACCUCAUCCCCACAGACACAGUUAACCUCCACAGAAAGCCCCGCUCCAGUGCUUCCUGCUGUUGAUAUAAUGUAGGGCCUACAACCUACAAAGAACUGGAGCUAGGAAGACACACAGGCUUACCAACACUCAUGCUCUCUCAAAUAACAUGUGCAAGCACUGGCUAGUGUCUGUGGAUGAUAAUCCACUGGGCUUGUUGGUCUCUGGACUCAUUGAUGUGAAGAGGGUACUGAAGAAUGGUAUUAUUUGUCAGAUUCCAAGAAAUGCAUUAUAAUUUCAAUCUGCCGUAUUUGAAUUAUAUAGUCUUAAAAAGUAUUACAACAAUGUGGUUGCCAGAAAUAUAUUUCCAAAGUUUAAUUUCCAAUUCAUGUCACACUAAGUUCAUUUUUUAUUUUUUUGUAGAAAGGGUUUCUUACACUGUGACUGAAACCAAGGUUGAGAUGUGCUGCCUUACCAGUGAACAUAUAUUUGAUUGCAUUCAAAUUGUAUUGAGGACCUUAUCCAGAGAUAUGACCCCCAAAUGUGAUACUUUAAAAGCAAGUCACUUUAAUCAACUGACCUGAAUGGGAUUAGGAAUAUACAUAAUAUAUUUAUAACAACAAAUGUUGAUAGAGUAAUUUAUGCAGUAUUUUUAUUUGAUUAAGUUCAAGGUUUACUGUCACUACUUUAUUGUAGAGGGAGAAAUGUAAGCAGAAAUGAAGGCUUAUGAUUUAUUACUGUUUAUUAUAGGUGCUGAGAAUUCUAUACAACUUGCUGGCCUUGCGAUAUUUGUUCUCAACAUACCGUAAUUAAUGAGUUAUUAUGUAAUGGACUCCAUGUUUUAACACCUGCACAGAAGGAUAAGAGAUGAGGAAUGUUCAAUAAAUAGUUGAGUUGGUAUCCUA